UAUAUAGAUAUAUCCUCUCUAAACAUAUUCCUUCACUACUUUUUGUCACACAUCAAAUUUUAGAAGUCUAUAUAUAAUAUGUUCAAAAAAGAGCAAAACACAUCACGAAAAACCCAAGUGAUAUGAGUUUUGCCACAUAUCUAAGUAGAAUAAGACUUGUUCAAUCAUUUUCUGUCGUUUUUCUUCAUUGGUUUUAUUCGGUUUCUUGAUUUUUUUUUUCCCUUGUUUAAAUAAAUACGUACAUUAGAGCUAGAUAGCUAUAUACUAAUAUAGGUCGAAAGAGUAUAAAAGCAAAUUGGUUACAAACAUGUCAUCAAAGGGUUAUUUGAUGGUGGAUGAUGAUCAGAAGAAAAUGAAGAGAAAGAUAUCGAACCGCGAAUCAGCAAAGAGGUCUAGAAUGAAGAAAGAACAACAUAUCAAGGAUCUUAAUGACCAAAUCUUUUAUCUCACGAAAAAGAGAGACGAAAUGGCUACGAAAAUGGAUGGAGUCAUGAAAGACUAUGUUGCCAUAGAGACGAAUAACAUGGUUUUGCGAUCACAAAAACAAGAGCUGGAGAAAAGACUCGAGUAUGCCAAAAAUGUUUGUGAGUGGCAUGAAGUUGAUGGUUUUUUGUCAUUGUCAUCAAUUGAUGCUGUUCAAGAACCAUGGCUUAGGCCCUCUAAUUCCAUGUCAAUGAUCAUGUCAUCUGUUGGAAAUUUCCAAUUUUAAUUAUGCAUGUUUUUAUAAUUAUCUUUUUUGAAGCAGAUAAUGCUCUUAUAUUGUUACGUA